AUGGCUCUGACAACCCCACGGAUCCUCCCCGAACAUCUCCAUGCCUUUCUGCCCUCCGCGACAAACCGCACUCCCAAUCCCGUUCGCAUUUUUGGAAGCGUCGCCAAAUUGCACGGCGAGACCGCAACGCUAUCGUGCCCAGAUCAUGGACAGGUUACCCUGCUGCUAAAUCGGGAUUCGCACCUACAGAUUGGAAGAAUGGUUGAUGUUGUGGGGAAGGUGGUAGAGCAUGAAGGGGAAACCGCUAUACGCGUCUUGGGGGCAGCGGAUUGCGGGGAACCGAAUGAUUUUGAUUAUAAAAUAUACGAGCGUGUUGUCGAGAUGACACAUCGAUUUAAGAAUAUUUUCUAUACUCCGAAUUCGUGA